AUGGUGGGGAUCCAGGACAUCGAGCAUGCAACAGUGAUCGACGAUCCUCGCGCGUGGUCGAAAACACGGAAGCUCGUCGUUCUUGCGACCGUCUCCGCCGCGACCAUGAUCAAUGGUCUCGGUACCAGUAUCUACAAUCGAACUCGACGCUCACUUCGCCCAGCCUCCAUUUCCCAGAUAGAGGACCAGCUUCAUGCGUCCAGUGGCGAGAUCUCACUCAGCCUUUCGCUCUUCAUCGUUCUCCUUGGCGGCGUCCCGCUGCUAUGGAGUACCCUCAGUGAGUUCUGGGGCCGUAAGAAAAUCUAUCUUCUUUCGACCCUGCUUGCCUUGGUUGGCUGUAUCGUCGCCGCCAACGCCAAAACCAUCGGUGUCCUCAUCGGCAUGCGAUGCAUCCAAGCCGUCGGCUCGGCCGCAGUCACCUCGCUCGGCGCCGCGACGCUCGCCGACAUCUACGAGCCCGUCCAGCGCGGGACGAUGAUGGGCAUCUACUACAGCGCACCGCUCCUCGGCCCGGCCCUCGGCCCCAUUCUCGGCGGCGCGCUCACCGCGGCCUUCUCCUGGCGCGCGACGUUCUGGUUCCUCGCGGCCUUCACUGGGGUAUGCUUCCUCUCCUUCAUCCCCCUCAGGGACACCUUCCGCUGCGAGCGCAGCCUUACCUGCCAGGCCGCGCUCCGCCGCCGUCGGGCCCUCUCCCCCACCGUGGUCGCCUCGAGUCUCUCCCAUGUCUCCGCGGUCUCCCCCGUUACCCCUGCCCCACCCCCGUCUGCGAUUGGGAGUGGGGCACCGAGCGCGAAGGGCGAGGUAACGGACAUCGUUGCGGUGCCCGCGCGGGAUAGGGACGUCGAGAAUCAUCAGAACGUGACAUGCACCACCUCUUACCCACCCACGCCCCCAAUGGACGAUGUGAAGCUCUCCCUGGCGGACGUCAAUCCCGCCAAGCCGAUACUGCUGGUGCUGAGACGCAUGAACAAUCUCACCACCCAUGUCGCUUCUGGGCUCAUUUAUGGACUGGGAUAUAGCCUCUCCUAUACAUGCUCGCGAACGCUGGCCGAAAAGUACGGGUACAACGCGCUGCAAAUCGGACUCGUUCUGCUCACCUUUGGCGUGGGCUCGCUCAUGGGCAGCAUCCUGGGCGGCCGUUACUCUGAUCGCGUCUUGCGAAAACUUGUAGCGAAAAACGGUGGUGAAAGAAAUGCCGAGAUGCGUCUGGCGAGCACCCUCGUGUCUAUGCCGUUUCUGCCGCUCUCCGUUGUCGCGUAUGGCUGGGUGUGCGAGCAGCACGUCCACGUCGCUGCGAUCUGCGUGUUCCUCUUUCUGAGCGGUCUCUUCUCCAUCGCGAUAUACAGCAGCACGCUGGCCUACGUCGUGGAUGCCAACGCGGGCCGCUCCGCCUCCGCGGUCGCUGUCAACAGCUUCUUCCGUGGCUUCACCGCGUUCGUGGCGACCGAAGUCGCCUUGCCGCUCCAGGUCCGUGCAGUCUUUGCCCAACUUGCCGUCUCCGUCCCACUGAUGAUGGUCCGCACUAACGCGAUCGGAGACGGGGGCCUCUACUCGCUCUGGGCGGGGCUGAUUGUCCUCAGUGAAGCUCUCCUCCUCCUCGUCUGGUGGAAGGGAGGGGCGUGGCGGCAAAAGUGGGAGCUCAAGGAGAGUAGUUAG